AUGAGCAUGCCUGGGACAGCCAUUGGAAGAGGAAGGGCAACACCUCUUUUUUACCUGCACCUUGGGCUCCUCCUCGCCCUCUGUAUGCACAGCUCCGGAGCUGACGCCUUUUGGGUUGCCAAUCUUAACAUAUCGUUCCUAGUAGCAAAUCGGACUUUGUGGGAGAUUUUGGAAAACGGAGUGUUUGCGAGAGCCUCUCCUUUGAAGAAGGUGUCUGGGGUUCUGGUGCCGCCAGAGGGUCUGCAUCAAAACGCCUGUAGCUCUUUAACACAUUUUAAGAAGCCAGCGAAUGGGGACAGUUGGCUAGCUCUCAUCAUGAGGGGACGCUGUUCAUUUGCAAAGCAAAUCAUGGUGGCCGCAGAAAAGGGAGCUGCUGGUGUGAUCAUCUAUAAUUAUCCAGGUACAGGCAAUGCUAUCUUUCCCAUGCAUAACUUUGGGGCGGAAGAUAUUGUCUCAGUUAUGAUCAGCAACCUGAAAGGCAUAGAUCUUUUGCAUUUGGCUCAGAAUGGCAUCCAAGUGAGGGUAACCAUUGAUGUCGGGAAGCACCAUUACCCAUGGAUAACCCAUUACAUGGGUACCAUUUUUGUUUUUGCCUCCCUCGCUGUGGCAUAUUGCACCUGCUACUCUGCCGCAAGGCUGCGGAGAUCCAGGAACCCGGUCCAGAGAUGGCCGCAGGAACUUGAUAUCGGUAAGGCCAUGAAUGAUCUUGAGCUUCGCACACUGAAGAAGGACGACAAGGAAGUUGGGUCGAGUGGAGAGAGCUGUGCGGUGUGUUUGGAAAUGUACAAGCCGAAAGACAUAACCCGUGUCUUGCACUGCAGACAUCUUUUCCACAAAGCCUGUGUUGAUCCUUGGCUUCUGAAUCACCAGACAUGUCCUGUGUGUAAAUGGGACAUGCUCCGAAUGGUGGGAAGCAUUGCAACGGAAGCGGAGUCAUUGGGUAGGCAAAGGCCAAAUGAAGUUUCUCCCAUGAUCAGUUCUUCUAAGCAAUAG